AUUGCCUAUUAUCAAAUCAACUUCCAAUGGACUCUGAUAUUGCCCGUAAGACUUUCGAGUUUUCUAACAAUAUAGUAACAGUAGAUCCUGCCCAGGAUCUUAUUUAUCGGUACAACACUGAAGAGCAAUCGCAAAUAAAUCAAGAAAAGCCAUGGACGAAAGAUGUUCAUUAUUUCACUAAAGUCAAAAUAUCCGCAGUUGCUCUUAUAAAAAUGGUUAUGCACGCCCGCUCCGGUGGAAGUAUUGAAGUGAUGGGCCUUAUGCAAGGAAAAAUCGAUGGUAACACUAUGAUUAUUAUGGAUGCAUUUGCUUUGCCGGUUGAAGGAACUGAAACAAGAGUGAACGCACAAGCUGAAGCGUAUGAAUAUAUGGUUCAAUAUUUAACAACUAUAAGACAGGUGGGAAGACUUGAAAACAUAGUAGGGUGGUAUCAUAGUCAUCCGGGUUAUGGAUGUUGGCUUUCUGGUAUUGAUGUGAACACACAAAUGACGAAUCAACAAUAUCAGGACCCCUUUGUUGCCGUUGUUAUUGAUCCUAAUCGAACAGUAUCUGCAGGAAAAGUGGAAAUUGGCGCGUUUAGGACUUAUCCUGCUGGUUACAAAGCACCGGAUGAUGGUCCCUCUGAAUACCAAACUAUUCCACUUAGUAAAAUCGAAGAUUUUGGUGUUCAUUGUAAACAAUAUUAUCAGCUUGAAAUAUCACAUUUCAAGUCCACUCUUGAUACACAUUUGUUAGAAUUACUUUGGCAUAAGUAUUGGGUUAACACGCUAUCGCAAUCUUCUCUAAUCACGGUAUAUGUUAAAUAUAUGACUUAUACAGAUCUCGCAGAAAAACUGGAUCAGGCCGAGACGCAAUUGCAGCAGAGUGGCAGAGUGUCAAGUUUUCCUGGUGGUAUGGGGGGAAGUCGCGGUAAUGUUGCCUCAUCGCAAAGUGUUGGAGGUUCAUCUGCAGCCGGAGGUGGCGCUGCAACAACAGCUCCCCCGCCUGAAAAGAAAAGAGUGGAAGAAAGUCCACUCAGUAAGGUUACAAAGGAUAGCACAAAAAUCACUGUUGAAGCAGCACAUGGUUUGAUUUCUCAAGUUCUUAAAAAUGUUUUGUUUAAUAAACCGCAACCAAUUGUUGAACAAAAUAAACCUGAGGUAGAAAUUCUUCCCGAUGCUUGA